CUGCGCAGCACAUGACUGAGGGAAACAAGUGGCGUGAAAAGCAGAAAGAGGGGUUUUCUGAGCUAAUUUAGUCAUUUUCACAUCACCAUUACUGCACAGAGACCUCAGAGUGCAGCCGUGUGCAGCUUUAACCUUCCUCUAAACAUGGCCUCGGCUCGGCUGCGUCUCCGCUCAGUCGCGUUAACGCGUUUGGCUCUAAUGUGCGUCACUUUGCUGAGUAACUCGGCCGCCGCUGUGGGGAACAUGAACUUGAACCUGUACCGCAGACCCAACAUCGUUCUGAUCCUCACCGAUGAUCUGGACUCCUCCAUGGGCGGCAUGAUUCCCUUAAACAAAACGAGAGCGCUCAUCGGAGAUGUUGGGAUCACCUUCACUAACACGUUUGUUGCCAGUCCCCUGUGCUGCCCCAGCAGAGCCAGCAUACUGACAGGCAAAUAUCCACACAAUCACCAUGUGAUCAAUAACACACUGGAGGGAAACUGCAGCAGUCAGGCCUGGCAGAAGACCCAGGAGCCCGUCACCUUCCCAGCACUACUGCAGAAAUAUGGCUAUUACCAGACCUUUUUCGCUGGGAAGUAUCUAAAUGAGUAUGGUAACAAACAGGCUGGUGGAGUGGAGCAUGUUCCCCCAGGCUGGGACUACUGGUUUGCACUGGAGAGAAACUCAAAAUACUACAACUACACAUUAUCUGUGAAUGGCAAAGCACAGAGGCAUGGACAGAACUACAGUGAGGACUACCUUACUGAUGUUCUGGCCAACAUCUCGAUAGACUUCCUUCAAUACAAGUCUAACUACAGGCCAUUCUUCAUGAUGGUGUCUACACCUGCCCCUCACUCACCAUGGACAGCUGCCCCUCAGUACGAGGGACAGUUUUCCAAUCUCAAAGCCCCGAGAGAUCCCAACUUUAACAUUCAUGGCAAGGACAAACACUGGCUAAUUCGACAAGCCAAAACUCCAAUGACUAACUCUUCUGUGGAAUUCCUAGACAAUGCUUACAGAAAAAGGUGGCGCACUCUCCUGUCCGUAGACGAUCUAGUGGAGAAGGUGGUGAAGAAACUGGAGGUUCGGGGAGAGCUGGAGAACACCUACAUCAUUUUCACUUCUGACAACGGCUACCAUACAGGUCAGUUCUCUCUGCCCAUGGACAAGAGGCAGCUUUAUGAGUUUGAUAUCAGGGUUCCUCUACUGGUACGAGGGCCCAACAUCAAGCCCAACCAAACCAGCCCGUUACUUGUGGCUAAUAUAGAUUUGGGUCCAACUAUCCUGGAUAUGGCAGGGUACGACUUCAAUAAGACCCAGAUGGAUGGGAUGUCUUUUCUGCCAGUUAUGACUGGGAAGGCAAACAGCACCGUGUGGAGGACUGAUUUCCUGGUGGAGUAUGAGGGAGAAGGACACAAUGUUUCAGACCCAGCCUGCCCCAUCCUGGGUCCAGGAGUCUCAGAGUGUUUCCCUGAUUGUGUAUGUGAGGACUCCUAUAACAACACCUACGCCUGUGUUCGCACACUGUCCCAGACUGCCAACCUGCAGUACUGUGAGUUUGAUGAUAAUGAGGUGUUUGUGGAGGUCUAUAACCUGACAGCAGACCCCUUCCAGCUCACUAACAUCGCAAAGACCAUUGACCAGGAGGUCUUGGAGAGGAUGAAUCAUCGUCUGAUGAUGUUGCAGUCAUGCUCAGGACAGUCCUGCAGAACCCCUGGGGUCUAUGACUCACGGUUUAAGUUUGACCCUCGUCUGAUGUUCAACAGCCUCAAUCCACACAUAAGCAGACUGCGGCAGACUCUAAAGUAAAGGGAGAAGGCCCCUACAAAAGCCUGACCUGCUGUUGCCUUUGUAUCCUGAUCAUUCCCUCAAGGACAUGCCGGCCUUUCCAUAAUCUCUGUAAAGGAAGAGGUCAUGAGGGGUCACUAGAGCAGGGGGAGCAGAAUGCUGCCUCACUUUAUUCACCUUGUGAGAGGGUUGCCCUUUUCAGCAUGGCAACUCUCUGCCAGCUGCCAUUUUGAGUCAGCAUGACUUGUCUCUGCCUCAUUGUUUCGUUUUCCCUUUCAUUAAUAUUCAUUUUGCAUUUUGAGAUUAACAAUCUAACCUGUAUUUAGGCCUCUGAAGGGCGGGGGGUAGCUGGGAUGAGAGGUUGAGACUGUUUUAAAUUGAUCAGUGUUGUUUUUUUGUUUGUUUGUUUUUUUUUUUUAAACACAAAAGAUCACCUGACAUUUGAGUUUUCUUGGAUUAUCUAAGCAGAUUCAUAUCAAUAUACAGUCCAUACUUGUUCUGCUUUAUGAUUCUAUUGCAAUAUUCUGUUUAUGAAACAGAAAGAUAUUUCUAACAAAAAAAAGAUAAUUUAUAUGCAUUUACAUUCACCCAAACAUUUGUAGGCCUUAAAUUUGUACCAUUUCAGAUAAAUAUGAUAAAGGAGUAGUUUGCUAAGGGUGGUCAAAGCCAAAGCUUGAAUCACUGAAUGUUUUUACUCUGUUAUUUUCGAUGAUUACUGGCUAGAUACUCUUAAAAAUAAAGGUGCCUGAAAGGGUUCUUUGGAGCUAUUUUAGAGAAUAACCACUUUUAGUUUCCGAACAAACCUUUUAGAGUCUGAUAUCUUUACCAUUUUAAAGGAUCUCCAUAUAAUCUCCAUGUAAUGUAGGUUUUACCUGAAACCAUACUUUCAAACCAAGAACCAUACAGGAAACUUUGUUUUUAAGAGUGGAGAUGGAGGUACACUAUAUGUACAAAAGUAUUGGGACACCCCUCUUAAUUAUUAAGUUCAGGGUGUUUCAGCCACACCUACUGCUAACAGGUGAAUAAAAUUAAGCACACAGCCUUGCUGGGGGUAAAGCAUUCUGCCACUGGACUCUGGAGCAGUGUAAAUAUAUUCUGUGGAGUGAUGAUUCGUGCUUCUCUAUCUUGCAAUCUGAUAGAUGAGUGUGAAUGCCAGGAGAACGUUACCUGUCUGACUGCAUUAUGCCAACUGUAAAGUUUAGUGGAGAAGGGAUAAUGAUAUGGGGUUGUUUUUCAGGAGUUGGCCUGCUUUGUGGGAACAGUUUGGGGAAGACCCUUUUCUGUUCCAGCAUGACUAUAUGCCAGUGCACAAAAGCAAGGUUCAUGGUUAAGCGAGUUUGGUGUGGAAGAACUUGACUGGCCCACACAGAGCCCUGACCUCAACCCCAUCAAACACCUUUGGGAUGAACUAGAACAGAGAUUGUGAGCCAGGCCUUCUCGUCCAACAUCAGAGACCUCACAAAUGCUCUACUGAAUGAAUGGGCAAAAAUUCCCUCAGACAGCCUCCAAAAUCUUGUAGAAAGCUUCCCAGAAGAGUGGAAGCUGUUAUAGCUACAAAGGGGUACCAACUCUGUAAUAAUGCCUAUGGAUUUAGAAAUGGGAUGUCAUAAAAGCUCCUGUAGGUGUCCCAGCACUUUUGUCCGUAUAGUGUAAUUCUCAGACAUAUUGCUAUUUUUAUGGUAGUAGUAAGUAGCCAGACAAAACAUUUUUGAGUUGAUACACUACACUCUCUAGUACAUAUUUAGGCAGGAUUGCCUUCCUUUACUUUUAUUUUUAACCGGAGGUCUGUAGAUUAGACGCCUGCUGCUCAGCAGGGAAAUCCAUGACAAGAUUCAUCAACUGUAAGGAUAACAUACACCCUUUAGUUCAGUUGUGAAUGACCCGAAUGUGAAAAAUCACAGUAAAGCACUAGGCCACAAAACAAGCCAAUAGUUUUGUCUACCUACUUGUGAAACAAUGUGACUGAAUCUUUAUUACAAAACAUGACUAUUUUGCUAUGAGGGAAGCGUAGGGGACAUGUGAAGCUGUGUUGCUUUGCUUACUAAAGUUGCUAGCAACAGUAGCCUCACUAAAUGAGGGAACUUUUCCACUUGAUGUGGUUAUGAUGCAUAUCGCAGCAUCAUCCUACACUGAUUUCAAACAUGGACAUUAUUACUGUUGCCUUUAGUUUGUGUAAAAGCAGUAGGAAUCAUUUACGUUAAAUCUGUCUAUUCAUAAUAACCAACAGAUAAUAGUCUUUGUGAUAUUUCACUGAAGCACUUUCCAGUCCGUGAUGAAAAUAUUCAGUGUUUUGUUUUGCACAUAGUUCUAGCAUUUCUUUGUGGGUGUGAGUAUUUCCUGUAGUUAUGUAUACAUUUCUGGCUUGUAAGUUUGAUCAAUAAAACCAAUGUGAACUCA